AUGACCCUGAAGGGCUUUUCUUCAAUUCUUCAACUCCCUCUCCCUCCACUGUCACAAAAUGAGAUGGGCUUCAGUACGCAGAGCAAUGCCCUUGAGUUUGUGGACCUGUUCAUGCCACAGAAAUGCUCCUCCAGCAGCCACAUUAUUACCAAGGACCAUGCAUCCAUCCCAAUAACUGUGGCUGAGUUUGACAAGGUCACAGGCAGGUUUAACGGCCAGUUGAAAACCUAUGCUAUCUGCAGGGCCAUUCGCAGGAUGAGUGAACCAGAUGACUCCAUUCUACGAUUAGUCAAGGCUGAUGGCACCACCUCAAAGGACUUAUGA